AUGUACAACACUCAUUCCGAUAUUUGGGUUGCAGGUGCGUUUGCUGCAGUCGUAGUCGAUUUUAUCGUCUACCCCUUCGACACACUCAAGACUCGUGUCCAAUCCCCAGACUAUGACAAGGUCUUCAAAAAUGCACACACAGGAGCAGUGCGGCGCAAUGUACUCUUCCGAGGAUUAUACCAAGGGGUCUGGAGUGUGGUAUUAUCAACGAUUCCAGCUUCUGGGGCAUUCUUUACCACAUACGAAGCUGUGAAGAGCAUUAUGUACAACUCCUCAACAGAAGCCACCACCGGUAUGACAAAUGGCAAGAGGACUCUCCCCGAUGGCUCUCUGAACAGUCUUCGCUUGCCGUUCACACACUCCCUCCCUACUCCCAUUAUGCAUGGAAUUGCCUCUUCAACCGGGGAGAUGGUAUCGUGCCUCAUGCUCACGCCGGCAGAGGUACUAAAACAAAAUGCGCAGAUGAUUCAAGGUUCCCAAACAAACCAAUCCGCCAUGCGACAAGUACUUUUGCGAUUUCGACGUCAUCCUUGGCGCCUAUGGAGUGGGUAUACAGCAUUGGUUGGUCGAAACCUCCCAAGUACAGCUCUACAAUUUCCACUCUUUGAGUAUGUGCGAUCACACCUGAUUGAUCGACGGAGACAACGGAAAGCGGCUCGCAGCAACACCAGCCGACCGCCAUCGGAACAGUCAGAUCAACUAGUCGAACGGGCCGGCUUGACGGGUAUAGCUGCGGCGUUUUCGGGGACCAUCGCGGCGACGGUGACUACUCCAAUUGAUGUAAUAAAGACCCGCGUUAUGCUUUCGGCAAGUGAUGCUAGCGCUCCUCCUCAAGAUCGGAGUAGUGGGGCUGGUGCUUGUGGCAGUGAAGCGCCAUCUUCGGAGGUGCGGACAAAGAACAAACCCAACAAAUCUCUCAUUUCUGUCGGUCGCAAUAUCAUACGUCAUGAGGGCAUCCGUGGCUUGUUCAAGGGCGGACUGAUACGGGCUGGUUGGACGGCGAUUGCAUUGGGCCUAUAUCUCAGCCUCUAUGAAGGAGGCCGGUUUUAUCUGGAGAAUCGACGGAAAGAGCGGGACCGUGUCAGUGGGAAAUUUCCAAACCAAGCUGUUGAAGGCGAGGAGGUCGUUUAG